AUGUCUAGACUCUGCCCCGCCGCCGUGUCCGGACUCUUCCCCGCCGCCGUGUUCGGACACUUCCCCGCCGCCGUGUCCGGCGCCGUCGUCUUCCUGUCGAUCGGCCAUCUCUUCGUCUUGGCCACCCGCGAGCGCCGCAGAUCUAGCACCGCGCAUCUCUCCUACGCCUCGUGCCGCCGUGCAGAUGUCGAUGACUUCUUCGACAGCUGCGACCCAGAUAAGGAGAACCUCUGCCUCUAUGGCCACCCCGACGGGACCUGGGAGGUGUCGCUCCCGGCGGAGGAGGUGCCGCCCGAGCUGCCCGAACCGGCCCUCUGCAUCACUUUCGCCCGCAACAGCAUGAACCGCCGCGACUGGCUCUCCCUCGUCGCCGUCCACUCUGACUUGUGGCUCCUCUUUGUCGCCUUCUUCUUUGGUGCGCCGCUCAGCGCCAACGAACUGUAA